AAGAAGAUGGGCCGAGAACACAUUGGCCCUCCUGGGCCAUGGAACUGUGAAAUGCCCAGCAAUUAAGAAUUAUAUGGAUCUAGCAGCAGUAUUGGGAAAAUGCCUCUCCAUUCACAAUUUCAUCUCCCCAUUCCGAGAAACUGAAUUACUGUUCAUUUUUCCCUCGGAAGCACCAUUCAGCAGACCAAACAGCAGAAAGAGACUCAUAUGAAUAUGAAGGAAAAGACAGAGGACAAAGAACUAUGGAGAAAUACUCUGCCACCAGCAAAAUAAACUGUAUAUAAGGAGACCCCUAAAAGGACUGAAUUUGUGAACAGGGGGAACUACGGUGCACUAGAGGCCUUAGUUAAGGUUCACCCAGUGCCGAUCCCGGGACUGGACACUGAACUUCUGAUUGCUGGCUUGUUCAAAAUUUUUGUUUUGUUAAUUCUUUAAUUAAUAAAAAUAUUUUAUUAAUUUGGAAUUGGCUGAACAUUUAUAAGAGCACUGUUAUCUUGUCCCAUAAUUACAGCAAGAUGCUGAAUCCCUCUAGGAAACACCUGUCCUGCAGAAACCUGCAGUUCUUGUAAGAACUCUCCCAGGAAAGCCAUUAUGAUUCCCUAAAACAGUGUUCUGGUGAGGAACACUGGUGAGGAACAGUGUUUUCUAAAGCUCAUUCUAGGAAGCAUCCUGUGUGCAGAAGAGCAAUCAUGUGGGCUUGAAGACCCGAGAAAAUUUUUCCUCACCAGCCUCUUUGCCAGGUUUCCAGCUCCUAGUUGUCACCUGUUGUAAAUGCCAAUACAAUAUUCCAAUUAAAAUAAUUUGGUUUUUUAACAAAAGAUUGAAUUACAGAAUUUCAAUAAACCCACCGACAGCGGAGAUACUUGACAGUCUUUUUCCCAGGAAAAUGCCAAGGGUGAACCUUGAGACACAGAACCUGGCAGUCUGCUGUCUCCCCCCAGGUUCACAAAUUUGCCCGGUUCGGGGCUUGGUUUUUAUACACUUUAUUCUGCCCUUGGCAAUAUUUCCUCAUUUUCCCCUUUGUGUCCAAGCUAGCUAUUCAAAUUCAUGGGUGUCUCCAGCUCAGCUGAAAAGAGUCCCCUCUCUCCGGUAAGGUGUUAAUUUCUGUUUUUGGCAGAUUUCCUGGCUGAUUAAUGGUCAAGAUAUGGAUGAUGAUGCUUGAUGCUCGGUGAGGGUGUUGGCUGGUGGUGUUGAUGGCCCUGCUGCCUUAUCUUGAUGGGUCUCCUCCCAAUGAUUGAGGAGCCUUCUGGUUUUCCCCUAAACCUUUUGUCUAUUUCUGAAUGUGAGCUUCUGGGGUGGUGCCUGCCUUUUCAUAAUUUGGUUUAACAAAAUGUUACAACGUAUCCUGAAACUUAUACUUUCAUACAACACACACAUAUAUACAGGUUUUUAUAGUUUUCAAUUUAUCAUUAACCAUAAGAACAUGAAUUAAUCAUUUCACAUUUUUCACAUCGCCACACUGCAAAGCCUGUAUCUCAAAGAUACACAUGCACACAAAACACAGAACAUCACAAACAAAGAACAGGGCCUUUACUGGCUCCCACACAAUCAACCAGCAGCCCAACCACUCACGUGAACAAAAUCAGCAGCCCCACUUAAUUGCAGUCUGCCUCGGUGGCACUGAGUUCCUUCUUCCUCUGCUACAGAAUCAAGCACAAAUAUCCUUUAGAAGUCCAGAAAAGAGGGGCAGGUGUUCUUUUGAUUUAUUGUUGUUGCUGUACUUGCUUUGCUUGUUUUGUUUUUCCAAGACAAGUAGUCAGUAGGAGAUGUCCUUUGUCACAGGGUGUGGUUUUUCCAAGUCACAUUUGAAGUGAACACAUUAGAGGUCGGUGUCUGCUGUCUACCCACUUGGAAACCUGAAACCAGGCUCAUCAGAUGGGCUGCAAAAAAAACCACAAAAGCUGUGCUGAUAAUUAGCCAUGGGGAAUCAUAUCAUGGGGGUCUAACAGCAUGGGUCAGGAAUGACAGCAGCACCAAGCAUGAGACGUCCCAUUCCCUGCAGGGAAAGUGCAGCAAGGGAAUCUGGGUCUCCCUGCUCUGACACAGACAAAAUACCUGGAGCUUCCUGUUAAAGAAGCUUUGCUUUAGCAGCUUUUGGGAAAGACCCUGCUCAUUUGUCGGCUGUGAACUACAGUAAUCAGCUCAAAGAUAAUAAAACAUACAGAAUGACUGGAGGGAAGUUCUUUCUUGUGCAACACCAACUGAUUGAUUUAGUGUAAACACUGAGAAAUAUAGCUACCCUUCUGCAGUGAGAUUUUAGACGCAUACUUUGAAUUAAUCUCUUUGGAGAAUGAACAGAAUUAUUUUAAAAACAGACCCAAACACCAUGACAAGAGUUCAGUAUCAUUGCAGGAAAACCUCAAAGAAACUUUUUCCCUGGCAAGACUCCCUGAGUAUCCUCUGCUCAGGACAGAAAGCAUGUAAACAUGUCAUCAAAGUAGGUGUGUACCUUAGGAUUAAACUCCAGGUGGAGUCCUCCUGAUCCUGUAAAUUGCCUCAUAUAAGAAGGCUGUCCCUGUCCAGAGCAUAUUGCAGGAUCAGGACCUUUUUGCAUAGCAAGAUGAACUAUUGCAGGGAGUAGACCCACAGAAGUGGUGACUAUCUGUGUCACAGUCUGAGGACCCAGAAACCGAAUAUCCUCUCUGUUCCAGCAAAUAGAUCUCAAUGUCAGGAGUCCAAAGCCCAGCCCAAUCCCAUGCACCUUCUUAACUCUAAAUGAUGCUGGUUAUUUUCCUAGCAAACAUUCACAGACUUCACACUUCCUUCACAAGGGGCUUUGCACCACAGAUGAGUUUAAAUCAGCCUGCCAUGGCCAAUGAGUCACAUUAAACACUGCUGUCCCCCCUGGAUUUCCCAGCUGUCAACCUACUGGCUAAAGUGGGAGCCUCUUUGGGCCAGAUGCUGAUGUUGUUAUUAACAGUCAUUUCCUCACCCCACAGCUUGCUACAGGCACAAUGUGAUCCCCCUUUCUGCUUCUGCAUUUUGCCAUGGCAUCCAAAUCGCUUGCAGACUCAGAAUUGAAACCUUGGUGCAGGAAAGCCCCCAGAAAUCCAGGUAAAACCCCACACGGGCUCAUGCAAGCAAAGCACCAUCCUUCUGUCAGGUAAAUAGAACAGGAUUGAUCCGCUGUGUAAAACAGCAUGUCCUCAUGCUGGAUCUGGCCGUGUCUCACUUCCCGGCUCUGUGUCGGCAUGCCCUCUGUCGUCAGAAGCUGCGAGUUUGUCACCUGCCUACGCAGAGCUGCCGAGCUGCUAAUGGCAGCAAUUCCUGCUUUCCUGAUGCUGCUGUUCUGCAGCCGCUUGCAGCCCAAUGCUUUGGCGAAGUAGUGCUCCUUUCCUGGCUGCCUAAACAGAGCAGCACCUGCUGAUGAACCCUUAAAUUUGAUACGUGGAGAGCAGUGACCCAGAGCUGCUUGCUGAGCUGAAGAUCUGCAUCCAUCUCCCCCACAGGCUACUCUGCAGUGUCUCUAUGCUCAGCUCUAGUCUGGAAAACUCCUGUCCAUCCUCUUCCAUGGUCCUCUGAGGUGUGGUCUGCAUGCAGCCCAGCACAUGUUUUACCUCAGGAAUGUUUAAAUUAAUACCUCACCAGCCUGGCUUCGAAAUUCAAAAUGAAAGCUAGGAGGUGCUUAAGACAUGAGUAAGGAUGCUGUUUUCCUCUUCCAUGCUCUUUCCAGAGAGAAAAAGGCAGGCACCUUUCAAGAACAAGCCACAGGGAAGGUAUGUCUGAGGAGGAACCUCCACUCUCCCUUCUAUUGGGCCACUCAGGGCAAGACUUUACAAAUAAGUAUCAGAAAAGGUCUGCGUUUAGCAUUUUAGCACCAAGAACAUCCCAGGGACUGUGGCCCCAUUCCAUUCCAGGAAAUAAGUGUCUUUUCAGACCUACUGUACUAAUGAGAUAGAGUUGUCUGAGAACCAUCAUUACACCCAUUUUCUCAGCCAGUGGAAACAGCACUUUUACCUUGUUAUAAAGCUAAUUUAUGGCCCAAGCGAGCUGGAAGAGAAUUCAAAUUCUUCUCCCCUAGAUUAAGCACUCUUCUUGAAAAGCUGGGUUCACUGUUUGUGGGCAGCAUAGGACUUAGAUAGGACAUCAUCAUAUUUCACACUUUUUAGCUUCCUGAACCCUGCAGGGAUCUUUCUUGUCUGCAGGAGACACCAUACACAGAAUAUGGUGCAUGGACAGACAAGCACAGUCCCACAGUAGUGCUGUCCCCAUGGUUUGGCACAGGAAAAGUGGCAGUCCCAGGCAGCCCAACAUGUGGGAAUUGCAAGAUCCUGUAUGUCCCUCCAUGGGAAACCCUGCAGGGGAACAGAGGGAUGGGGGCUGCGGGUACAUGAUUUACAAAUAAACAUCUCUCUGAAUUUCAGUGACCUCAACAUGUACCUAACCACUGGAAUUUUAAUGGGCAUUGUGUAAUCAGUGAGUAAAAAUAACUUUAGGUCUAUUACCAUUAAAAUGGGAAGGGAUUUUACUGUCUGGUAAUUAAAAUCUUAUCCCUUUUGGUAACACAUGGAAUCAAGGAAUUUUUGCUUAGGGUGUAGAAUCAAAUUGCAGAAGCAGUAACUGUGUUUUAUCUCUUGGUAAUGCACAAUAAAAGAUUCAGACCUAACUUUAUAAAAGGCAGUAGUAAUCACAGCCAGCACAGGCUCUUAUCGAACAUUUCAAAUAUGCUAAUAUUCAUGGACUUUUUUUGUGUAUCUCAUUUUUUUUCUGAGAUGUUUUAUUAAUUUUAAUGAUCUGAUGGUAAAAUGGAGAUGAAAAUGUAGACAAAAAUUACCCAGAGUUUCUCUUGAAGUUCGCUGAAUGUGACUACCAAAAAGAUCUGUGUGUACCUUGUGCAUAUGGGUCAGAGUGAGUUUUGGGUGUUCAUUAUUUCCAGUGCAGAUAGGUCAAAAUAUGAAAAAAAAAAAAUGCAAAAGGGAAGGUAAAAUUACAACAACAGCAUUCCCAGAGCUAUGCUCAUUUUGAAUCAGGAAACCACACCGGUAAUAUCCCAUUCCAAAGGCCCCAACACUAUGCAACAACUCCCGCAACACCCACUGCUUGUCAACAAGGCUGAAACAGCCCUUGCACUUAGCCUUCCAGGAUCCAUGUGUUAUUCCAUCUGUGCUUCUCAAGGCAUGGAGUGUGCUUCUCAAGGCAUGGAGUGCUGCCAUUUAGUUCUGAGACCAUCAGCAUAACAACAACAUGAAACUUAUGGAGCAGGUCUGGAGGAGGCCAAGAAUUUCAGACAACUGGAACAGCUCCCCUGUGAAGACAGGCUGAAAGAGCUGGUGUUGUUCAGCCUGGAGAAGAGAAGGCUCCAGAAAGAUCUUCUAGCAGCCUUCCAUUACUGAAAUGGGGCCUGCAAGAGAUCUGAAGGACUUUUGACAAGGGGCAUGUAGUGACAGGACCAGGAGGGAUAGCUUUAAAUGGGAAGAAAGUAGGUUUAGACAAAAUGUUGUGAAGGAAUACUUUACAGUGAGGAUGGUGAGACAGUGGCACAGGUUGCCCAGAGCAGCUGGGAUGACCCAUCCCUGGAAGUGUCAAGGCCAGGCUGGAUGGGGCUUUAAGCAACCUGGACAAGUGGAAUGUGUCCCUACCCAUGCCAGAGGGGUUAGAACUUGUUAAUCUUUAAUUUAAUUAAUCUUCUGACCCAAAGCAUUCUAUGAUUCUAUGAUAACGACAGUUCUUUGCAAUCAUCUAAUUUAAACCUUCUAAAAUGCAUUUUUACUUUUAUUAAGCAAAGCUUUGCACACUUAUGGAAAGAGUCCAGAGUUUGCAUUCAUGAAACUAAGUUAUUGCUACCAAUAAAAGUAAAUAGGUGGCAGUUACUGAGGAAUUACAUUUAGAGCAAAAACGACUGAAAUUAUUACCCCUCUGAAUAUGUGCAGCGUAAUAUGCAGCAAAACAGAAGUUUGAGGAGAAGGAGUGGGCAAAGAAACUUCUCUUUCUCUUUAAUGAUGAAGCCAAAAGGCAGCCACACUCACAAUAUCUGAAAUCUGAAGCUGUAUGUGAAGAGGACCUCUAGGUACAGCACUCAUGUGCAGACAACAGCAAGUGGUUCAGUGAGGGCUAUAAUACAAAAAGAGCAGAAAAAAUGCUGUAUUAAAGAGGAACACCAGGCUAGGAAAAAUACUGUUAGAGAGAUGCCUUCUGUUAAAUUUUAUCCUCUACAACCAAAAGGCUUUAGUCAAAAUACACUGAUGCUUUUUUCAGUGAUGCACCCAAGCUCUGGCUACCAAGCCUUGUUGCAGGUCAGAGCCCUUUGCUUUGCCUGCAGAGUGUAAUUCAUGUGGAACACACUUGAAAAGUGGACAACGUUAUGAAGCCCAAAAGUACUUCCAAGGAUAUAUAUGUGCCUCCACUUCAGAAGGCAAAAAUCAAGCUCCUGGUGUAAAAGCAUGACUGCAACUUUUAUCAGUUUUUCUGCCUGUGCUUGUAAUGGAAAUGGCACUGUGUUGUAAUGGGAAUGUGAGGCAAACAGAGGAUGAUCCCACACUACAGCCCAGACCAUUCCCAGAUUAACAAUGACAGCUUCCAAAAUAUAGUCUUUUAAUACAAUAUUGCUAGAAUAGAAACUUUUUUUUAAAGAGCAUCUAAAAGCUGGUAAUUUUAAAUUAUAGUUCCCACAAGUCACCUCUGACUGUACUCUCAGAAAACCACAUCUAACUACAGUGGAAAUAUGAGGCAAAUUUUUCUCUAAAAUGCUAUUAGUUUCCUGGUUAGGAAGUGGCAGUGCAAUAGCUUACAAAAGAUGUUCUGAAACAGCUUCCAGAUGAUGUCCUUGAAAAAUGAAGAAUGUCCAAAACCAAAAUUUGCACAGAUUGUUGUACAUAUGCCGACUGUUUCAAAAGUCAAGACCGUUCCUCCCACCCAACUCACCCAGGGAUGCAGCUCUGGGGGAUACUGGUGUGCAGGGCUCUGGUUUAUUUGUGAAAUGCCCAGUGCUCAGCUUCCUCACUUCCUUAGUCCUGUUCAUCCUCUCUCUUCCAUACAUAUUCAAUUAGAGAUGGACUCUGUCCUAGAAGCAUCACUGAGGAGAUGCAGAACUUGCCACUCACAGACUGAUUUCUUGGUCCCCUUGUAUCUAAUGUCCCUGUAUGAAGUUCCAGAGUUCUUUUACCAUUGAACUGGCUGUUAAAGACAUCUCCCUUUAACUUAAAGGCUCACAUUGAUGGAGAACUCAGUCCUUUCAUGAUCAGGCUCUGAUUACUAUCUCUCGUGAAAAUCUACAUUGUAUUUCUACAUUGAUUCUUGCUGACUUCAAUUUCUAGUCCCUGGGUAUUACAUCCUUUCCUAUUAAGAAACGCUCUAACACCUCUUCUCCCAGGGCAGUCAUUUCAACAGGUUCUUUGUGGCAUACUAAAUAGGUUGGCCACCUUAUUUAGGUACCACAGUAAAGCUGGUCCCAGCCCUGACCCUACUCCUCCUGCUCUGUAGUUCUUUAAUUUCAGGAUAAUUGGCUCCUAUUUAUCCAAGACUAAAGCAAAAAGGGACAUCACCAAUGUUGCAAUAGGAACAGAGUGGGAUGGCCAGGAAGUCCCCCACCAGCCUUCUUGUGAAGAUACCAUGCUUUUCAGGGGUUUUUUGUUGUUCAUUUUUUGUUUGUUUGUUUGUUUUGGUUUGGGUUUUUUUUGGACUGGGUUCUGGGUUCUUUUAAGAGGGAGAGAGAUUCAGGUGUUCUGUGAACACAGGUCUAUUUAGCUGAUACAGGGGCAAGUUUCUGAUUUCCAUGAGGCCAACCCAAGAAUGCUGCUGUAGGUGAUUGUGUACUCCAGAACAAUCCUCAGGGAAGAACUACACCCCUCACCUUGCCACAGAUAGGAUGUGAAGAGUACAUUUGGGUUCAUCACUAUUACUCUUCUGAUCACAAAGCCACUGAUGUCCUGGGACAGUUUUCUGAUGUGAAUGAAGCCAAAGCCUUGAAGAAAGGCAUCCUUCAGGAACUGUGGAUCUCUGGAACUGGAAAGGUAGAACAGCUUCUUCUUAUACCUAAUGGAAAGCCUAUAUUUGGCUCAGGCUGCCUAAACACCAGCUCAACCUACUCUCCCCAAAAGUGCCUCAAGACAUCUCUAUUUGUUCCUGAACUCAACAGCUUGAGGCUCUGUUCACAGGACUCCCUAUCACGCUGUAUUGAUAUGGGGUGUGGGGUCAGGGUCUGCAGCAGCAGGAUCAGGAUGUUCUUACAGGCAUGGAUCAGCUUGCUAAGAACACUGUGCCUCCUUGUUAUAACCUGCAAUGAUACAGCAGGCUCCAGAUUUCUUCCCCUGUGGGCUUAUCUGCAUUUACUUUAUCACAUUCAACCUCCCUGACUUUCCAAAAACUGUCAGAAUCACCUUUUUACUGAGCUAUGCUCCAAUUUUUCCUCCAGUAGUGACAUCUCUCUGCCCCAUGGAACCAACCUCUGACUUCUCUAAAUCAGCAUGUUCCCCCAUUCUUACUCACAGUUUCAUUCAGACUUUCUCAAAGUUAUCUUGCAGUUGGGGUUUGUGCAGUCUGAUCCUCUAUGUGGAAAACUCCCUGAAUGCAAAAUCAUUCCUGCUCCUCCUGCAGCAGCACAGCUCACACCCUGCUCGCUGGAAGGACCAAAACACUUCCAAAGAGAAUGAGCUGGAGAAAUUCCCUGACACUGACCUCAUAUGGGAAGAAAGAGCAGGAAGGAGGCAUGGGAAAUAUUCAUCCUUCAUGCUCAGAGCCCUGGUGCAGGCAUUCUUCCAGACACAGCUGGUCCUGGCUUGGUUUCCCAAGUGACUGUGGAGAAAGGCCUUUCCUCCUCUUUUUUCCGAUGGUCAGACCAUAUGAACAGUACUUGUCUGUCAGAGCACGGAUUGCCUGAUUCCAGGGCUGGGCUGAUUCCAGUGCCCCAGUCAGUUCCCUUUUUCCAGGGAAAGUCCAGGUUGAUAAUUCUUCCUAACUGGAGCCAGUGGUUGCCCAGUCUCUGUCUUCCCCUGUGCCCCUUUUUCCUCCCUUGGCCAUUGCUGGUGGCAGUGACCUGCAGCCUUCCCUGAUUCAAUAGGGCAGGCUCCCUUUCCGUCUUCCCAACCAGAAUGGAAGAAGGCUUGGCUCCACUCAUUCUGGAUGAGCUGAGCCAGAGAUAGGUAUCACUGCCAUCCCCAGGACACAUUUACUCCAGCCCCUGAUACAGUUCCCACAGACAUUUAUAGAUGGCCUGGAUACCACCUGGGGGAAGUAUGCCUAAUCGAAUGUCAGUAUAACCAGCAGUUGUUGAUGUGUCCAUCCUUUUUGCAACUGCUAAUAACAGACCCCAGGCCUUUGGACAGAUCUCUGUGGGACAAGACUGCCACACAAGGCCUCACCAGUUUGACAGCUGGCUACUUACUUCCAAAACCUCCUCAUUAAUAGAUGAUGUUAAUGCACAACAAAACAAAAGAAACCCAAAUCAAAGAAAAAGAUGGGUUUUUUCAUACAUAUAUGCAAGAGCCUUCCAUUCAGAACUUAUAAGCGACUUCAGUUGCUUAUCCCAUUUAAACUGAUCUACAGAUGACAGACAAUGAAAAAUAAUCAAAUAGGAGCUGACUUAUGAGUCAGAGACCCUGUAAAUCAAGAGAAAGCCCUCUUUUUACUGACUGGCAUGCUUGCAGGUUUCCAGAGUUUAGCAGUGUGGUCCUAGGGCUGAGGUUGGGCAGACACAUCAAGCUAUUGGAAGUGAUUUACCAUUUGACACUAAUUCCAUCUAAAGGAAGUGAUAGAGUGGAAACUGCAUUUAUGUCAACAGGAUUUCUUCAGCUCAGCUCCAAGGGCUUUUCUGAAAGAUACAGUUCCCAUUCCAUACCUGGGAGGCCAGGGAAGGAAAAUUAACUCCUUUGCUUCUGCAUGAAUCCCAAAAAUGCUUAAUCUUCUGUGCCUAUCUCUGCCUGCUCCAAGGUCCUGUCCACAGUCUUUUGGCCACUUUUAUCAAUCUGAAGAGGAAUGCACAGGACACACAAUGCCCUGGAAUCUCAGUCCAGUUCAGAGCAGAGGUGUAGCUUACAGGCUCUGAGUUCAUUUCAGCUUCUCCUUUUUCUUGAUAAGCCAGUGGUUUACAAAGAAAUGUGUAUUCCCACAGGAAGGAAAAAGGUGUUCCCAGCUCUUCAGUGCUACAGCUGCUUCCCCAAGCUUCCAUGCAAAUGUCUUGGUUAUUUGGCUUUCUGGGUGAUGCCUUCAUACAAAUAAGCAGCCCUUGACAAGAGAGUGUGUAUCCCAAGUUAUUUGGGAAGUGUCCCAAGGCUGCCAUUCCCCUCUCCCCUGGCUCAUUAUUGUGCUCACAUGAUGAUGCUGGGCUGCCCAGCAAGAAGGAGGAGAAAAGCAACCUCCUUGAGUGUCCAGGGAAUUUUUCUUACACCUCAGAGUUAAUUUUAAAUUCUCCCAGCUCUUUCCAUCUCACAAAGAAAAUCUUCAGGGCCUCAGUUUACCUCAUUGCAUUAUUCAUCCUGGUGAUGAGUCUUCCCCAGCAGCUUGUGACAAGGCAAUUCUAUUCUGUGGGGGAAAGCCCUUUCUGACUAAGAGGACUGCUCACUGAUCUCUGCUCAAACUCUAGGUCUGACAUCCCAUUGUCUCAGAGAGAUCAGCAGCCUGAAGAAACAGAAAUAAAUGGGAAGACCUGAUCACUGCAGCUGCUUGGGAGGUUAGAGAGGGUCAGCUUCAAUGAAGUCUGCUCCCCUUCUGCAUGUCUGCUCCCACUGCCAGAGAUAACUCCUUACUUUUCAGCUUUCACCCUCAGGCACAGCCCAGAAAAGCCAAUUUGAAAGACUGCAGGGCAACACCACUGACACACAGCUUCCCACUCCAUUGGUCCUAUACAGAAGAAACAUCUUUGUGUAAGAACUCUGCUCAUGGGCCUAGGGGGAAGUGAUGGAGCUUGGCUGCACCUAGGGCACAUACUGCAAAAUGAGGUACUACUAAAUAUGCUGGAAAACCAAGACAGGCCUGGAGGGAGAUCAAAGUUAACACACAGCUUGACCCUUUUCCAUACCCUGCACACAGCAUGUGUUAGAACAGCUCCCCUGAUGCAUUGCAGCAGCCCUGUUUAAUCCAAAGCACUCUCACUUGAUCUGGCUGUAUAUUACUCGUGGAAAACAGAAAAAAAAAUUAAUGUAAGGUACCUGAAAGAGCUAAUUUCACAGCAAUAUAUUUUGAUAUUGCAAUAAAACAUCUUCUACAGAAAAUUUCCAAGCAAUGUCUCUAGCAUGGCUAAAUACAUUCUGCCAGUCUACGACAGCCAGCUGCACUUGCUCAUUCCAAGAGAAGUGAAGAAAUCUCACAGGACCUUAAGACAAGGUAAAAAGGUAUCCCAUUGUUCCCUGAUCUCCACUGCUCAGCUCACACAGUGCUCUGAAGCAAAGAGGCUUAGUGGCAUUUCUGGAUCCUUUUAUAAAACUUAAGCACAGAUAGUCCAUCUUGUUAAUUACCUGGUUUUCUUCAUAGGCACUGACAAAGCAGAGGCUGUUCAUAACUGCCCUCUCGGGUGGAGCAGUUUUUGCGAAGUCCCUUUUGUCUGCAGACAAGGGCUUUGAAGCUUUCACUUUGUGCCUGUCAUCAAAAACUUCUUCAGCCUUUCAGCAGGACUAGAAGGACAGGGAUUCCAGUUGCUGAGAAACAGCCCUUGUUGCAGUCAGGGAAAAAUCAUUAAGUCCUGAUUGAUUCUUCACUUUUUUCACUACAGAACCACAUUUUUCAGCUAUGGAUUUCAGCAGGUAACAAUUAUGUGGCUGUUCAGCCUCUGCCCAAACUACAGGGAGAAGCAGAGUGGCUGCAAAUGGAGGUGGGAUUUCAUUUGCUGCCCUUAGCCUGGGCACCACUUAUGCCUAAAGUAAUGACGGUAAGCACAUAGUUCUGCUUCAUUUAAAUUUUAUUUAGGACCUGAUUUUCUGCUCUCUACAGGACACCAUUCUCCAACACCCUCCUCAUAGUCCAGGGAGCAUUUUGGUCAUGCUGGUGUUGCCACCUGUGUAUGAAAGCACAUCUCAGCCCUCCUUUGGAUCGGUUGUUCCUCAUGGAUGUGAAGAACCAGGGAAGAACUGGCAGUGCUUGUGAAAGGGAACACAGCACAGCAGAAGCAGACUGGGGCUGUCAGAUCCAAGUCUCACUAGCACUGAAUAGCUGGGUACCUGCCAGGCAGAGGAGCUCCACUGAGCUAUGGAAGGGAUUUUCAAACACAGCUAGAGAGCACAGAUUUUUAUCCCCUCACACUGAGAGACCUGCAGCAUGCACUACAUUGCAGACAUAGGCCUGCAUUGUUGUGCCAGUGCCUCACUUUGUCUUGCACUUGAUUUUUUUGUGGCUUGUGUUAGGACUGACCCUGAAUACCAAAACCCAGCAUUCAUCUAAUUCUUGAGAGCUGCCAUCCUGAGGCAGCCUCUCACUUCUACCCCUACUAUGGCCACCUGGAUGGCUUUUUAGUAGUUCUAACACUCUGCAGCUUCCAUAAGGGUCACUUUCCAAUGUGACAAGACCUAUUUAACCAGGUUGGUUUCCAAAGAGGACCUUAGCCAGCUGACUGAGUCAAUGCUUCCAAGCAUCUGGGCUCUUCAGUUGGAGAGGGAAGGGAUGGGAGGUUUGUUCAUGUCAAAGUUAAAAAAAUAGCCACAAGGUAAAACAUGGAGAGGUCUUUGCAUAUAUCACAGCACCCUGCAGUGCAAUCCAUAAGCCAUCUCUCACAGCAGCUGACAGUGCUGUUGGCAGAUAAACUAAAUAAUGACACUGUUGUUUCUCCUACCCCUGCCUCAGCCAAGUUAUUUCUUGUUCACGUCUCUCUAGAAAGUGUAUGGUAAUCUCAAGCCUCCCAGAAAGCUCUCAUAUUGGAUGGAAAUUCAGAGGUUAUUGCAGAUAGGAAAACAAAAAAAGCAGCAACUACAUGAGCCUCAAUCCCCUUGAAAAUUCACAGUUAUCCCCUUGAAAAUUCACAGCUCCUUAUGCAGUGGAGGCACAGGGGAGUGUGGGUGAGCUGGAAGAAAAGGUAAGUAGACAAAUUCUCUGGUUGGAGGUCAACCCACCGAUUUCUCCCAUGCAUCCUCUUGUUACUGAGUACAUGGACACAUCUUCCCAAAUGUGGCCACCACCGCUGACUGAAUACUCCUCCCCCUUGUACCUCACCAAACUUGUUCAGCUACACCUCUGCUCAGAAGGGUACCAAGUAUCCUGCGGCUUGUCUGGGUGGUUUUGCAUUAACAAAAGCUGGGCUGAUGAUGGGCUUGCUGUAGAAAGGUAGAGGGCCAGCUGAGUCCUCAACUGAAUUCUUUAUUCUGGUUCUUCUUUGAACUAUCCUUUCUCUGGACCUCAAAAUAUUUUACCCUUGCAAAGUGCAGAUCUCCAGUGUGGAGUAUCUUGCUCAGACCCUUCAUUAAAGCAACACCAACUAAAUUAGCUGCCCUAGAAAUCUGACGAAAGCCUGAAAAAUGUUAAAAAGAUUUAAAGGGGAAAAAACCCCACAACUAUUGACAGUGGUAAGUGCAUCCUAGUUAAAGCCUUGGAGUGCACAAUUCAAACACACUCCAGUCAUCCCCCAACUCCCUGCAAAAGUUAAUGAAAUUAGUUUUUCUUACAGUCCUCCACUGAUCCACAAAGUACAAAAAGGGAGUCAGAACUGAAAAUUAAACAUUGUGGGUGCAAGGGUAGAUGCUGAUUGCAUUUAAAGGAGUAUAAUUGCAACAGGAUCCUUUGCAGAUCCUGCUGGCAUUGUUCCAGGAAGCAUGGUAGUAACUGCUGGGUUCUGCUGCAGGGACAAAUGUCUGGCCCUAAAUAACUGAAACAAAAAUUGGUGAUCAAGAAGUCCAUCUCAUGUUUCAAAUGAAAUUCAAAUAUUAGGUACAGUGGCUUUUCUGCUUCUUCAGUCCAAAGGAGGAUAUAAUUACAUCCUUGAUUUAUGACUAAUAGAAAUUUGGUUGGGCUUUUUUUAUUUUAAUCUAAAGAAUCCCCAGAUUUGCACUAUUGCCAAACCCUCUUGUAACUCCAGCCAACAGUGAGAGAGAGAAUGUAACAACCCAGCAAAUUCCCUUGCAGAAAACAGAGCAGACUUGGUAUCCCAAGGCUUGCAAUAAACAUCCCCUACUCACACCAAAAAAACCCAAAAAACAAACACGAGGGUUCUUCAUGUGUGCAAGUCUUUCAAGAUCUAUGUAAUCCAUCUUAAUGCAGAAAGCUGACAAGUUUGAUUCGGUCUGAGCUAGGGCUAGCUAUUUGCUUAAAGCAAACACUCUGUUUACCCUGGGAUAAUCUGUGAGUCUUUCUGUGCCCACUUAAGCUCAUACUCUCCCCGUUCAGGAUGCCUACUCACACACUGGGAAAUUCAGUGAGUGAAGUCUACUCCACAAAGUGCCCCACAUGCCCUGGGCUGGCAUAGAGGAGAUCUACACACGCUUUCCAGGGAAAGGGGAUGAAAUUUCUCUCAGUGACUCUCAGGAAUCUUCAAUGAUAACAGUAUCUGACUCAUUUUCUGGGGUUGGAUGUCAGACAAAACAUCACACUGCUCCACUUCUGCAGAUGCAUUUGGUGCACAGGGCAGUAUCCCAGGAAGUGACACCUGCUUGGAAUGAAACCUUGCAAAAGGACAAGUGUCAUAGUCUCCAGCCACUGGUUUAUUUCACAGCACAAAAUUUCCCAAGGAAAAAUAACAGGUAUAUGUACAUUGUGGCCUUAGAGAAAUUUGAUUCUGUUUGGCUCUUACUGGGGGGGCGGGGGGGGGGGGUGGGAUGGUGCUGGCAUUUUUGGUGUCAUGUUCUUUGUAUUUUUUUACAUAAUAUCACUUAUCGCUAAUUGUACUGCUCAUUAAGAUUAAGAGCGUGAGCACUCUCGUACUUCCUAGGAGUAAAGAACUACAGAAACCUCCUCAACAAAACCAAAAAGGGGCACUAGAAAAAGGAAAAGAUUAUAUGGAAGAAGUGUAAAUUAUCAAUUUUUAUAGAAAUAAGGGGCAAGGGAAGAAGACAGGAAAAACUGUGCCACCUGAAGACACAUGCUGCUUUUUUUAAAUUGCUGUCUGGUUUUAUUAUGGAAUCAUAGAAUGGUUUGGGAUGAAAGGGACUUUAAAGGUCACCCAGUUCCAACUCCCCUGCCAAGGGUAGGGACACAUUCUACCAGGUUGCUCAAAGCCCCAUCCAACCUGGUCUUGAACACUUCCAGGGAUGGUGCAUUCACAAUGGCCCUGGGCAAUGUGUGUCAAUCCUCACCAGCCUCACAGUAAAGAAUUUCUUCCAAUCUAAUCUAAUCUAAUCUAAUCUAAUCUAAUCUAAUCUAAUCUAAUCUAAUCUAAUCUAAUCUAAUCUAAUCUAAUCUAAUCUCUAAUCUGCCUUCUGUCAGUUUAAAGCCAUUUCCUAUGGAUCUGUCACUAUAUCGAAAAUCCCUCUCCCAGCUCUCUUUUAGACCCACUUUAAGUACUUGAAGGCUGCUAUAGAGUACUCUAAACAUUUUGCCAGAGUACACUGAUUUUCUAAAGAUGUUAGUAAAAGGGGUUUUAGUUAUUUUGACCCCUUGAGAAUAUCCUUUAGUAUUUCUCCCAUGCCUCUAUCUUGGAGGGAAUGAAAACCCAUAAGCCCUUUUAAGUGUCUCAUCAAGUAGUUUUGGUGCCUUACAGGAUCCCAACCACCUCUUUCUUGCACGUUAGAGGACCUGACUAUAGGCUUAGAAAGAUAUUCACCAGGACCUGGCAGUGAGGUAGCAAAUGUAGAGAACAACUCUUCAAGAGAAAGGGAGGAGCUCAAGACGUCUGAUGUAGUCCCUACCUGUGUCAUAGUCAUGGGUCAAGCUACCAUGAGAGCUCAAAAAAAAAAACAAAAGGAGGGAGAGUAAUUAAAAUCCCCUCAAUAUAGUCCUUCUCAUUCUGUGUCAAUGUUUCCAUAAUCUUAGGAGUCUGAUUCAGCAGCCUAUACAGGAAGGACUGAUGGUUAGUGUGACACACCAUGCUUGCCCCAUUCUUUCUGUGUGGGACAUUUCAAAAGAGAUUUGUGCCCUGCAUUAGGACUUUAUCUGAGGCCAUAAGAUGCUUCUGCUCAAAAAGGGGCCUUGCUGGGGCAAGUGAAAGACAGCCAUCAUCUUCCUGCCCACGUGAAACAAAUGGACACACACACAGAGUAAGGUCCACCCCUCUCAGCCCUUCAGUGAGACAGCACUUCAUCUCCCAGGCUCCUGAAUCUGUCAGCUAGUUACUUCAGCUGCACCACCAAGUCUAGCAACUAAACCCUUUCCCUGGUCUUUCAAGCUUCUCAGCAUGGGCCAGCAUUGCCUAGAAAGGAUCUUCUGGAAACAAAGAACUUAUGUUGGAGAAUCCAACCACAGAGUUAAAAAGCUCUGCAAGCCACAGAGAGACAAAAUACCCCUCUCUCCCAUUUCUCUUUUUUCUGGAUAUCACCUAGAAAAAACUCAUCUUCUCUAAUGCAGCCUUUUCCAGUUGUCAUUCCACCUUUUUUAAAUAUAGGGUGCAAUGUUCUCCUCUACCACCAAACCCAAAAUGUUUUCCCUACUCGUUUUGUUCCACAGAGUGCCCUUGGGGAGGUACCCUUAAAACUUCCCCAUCUCCCUCACCUGAAUCCCACAUCUCCACAUCAGGGGAAGCAAGACACUGGACCCAUGAUCUCUGACAGGUGUCCACACACAGAUGCACAUAUGCAAGGCAAGAGCCACAUCCCCAGGGCUCAUUGCCUGUUUCUAAGGUAUGAAGUUUCCCCAUGAUCCUUAAAGCACAUGACUGUAACUCUCCUCACCUCCACACCCCCUUCCAGUGUUGUAUCACAUGUAUCUGUCCACACUUCUGCCCAAUCCUUAAGGAUCACAAGGCAAAAGUCCCUGUCUCAUGCAAGACUGGUGCUGCUAUCAACAAGCCACAGCUUUUGGCUGGGCUUCGAGGUAUGUGGUCAUCAACAGGAGACAAAGUCUGCAUCAGAGCUGUGAUGAUUCAGGGAGUUUUAGGGUGUUUUUUUUCUUCCCCACCAGCCAAUAAGAACACGCACAGAGGCACUUCUCUGGCAGGAAGCAGGGCAGUUACUCCUCUGGCUGUCAGGCUCCUCUUCUGACGUGGUGAUGGCAGUGAACUUCACCUGCAGCUUCACUGCACUUUGCUGUUUGGCACUCUGGAGCUUCACUGGGACUUCAGGUGUUAAAAAUGUACCACCACCCCACUCAACCAUAAGACCUGGCUCCCCUGUCCCAGUGAAUACCAACAACCCAGGGGUCCGCAAGGCUGCUCGCUUUGGGGUCUACAGAUACAACAACAGCUCCAAUGACCUCUUUCUGUUUAAGGAAUCACUGAUUAAGAAAGCCAUGGUACAGAUUGUCAGAGGGCUGAAGUACAUGCUUCAUGUGGAAAUCAAACGCACCAUGUGUAAGAAGAGGGAUCACUCCAGCCUGGACAGCUGUCACUUUCAAAGGGAAGAAAACCUGCAACAGAUGCUGAGAUGCUAUUUUGAGGUCUGGAUAACACCUUGGACACACAAAGUACAUAUCCCUGUUGCCCACUGUCAGCAAGACCUUUCCCCAUGAGAGCCUGACUUACAUAGGAUCUCCCACCAUGAGUUUUUCCUUGUCUGGACUGCUGAGCUGGGGAACAGCUGUACAGAACUGCCACAGAGCUUUUCUCUCAAUGCACAUGAUUAUUUUUUCCUUGAGAAAGACACUCAAAAGACAAGACCUACCUUGACUUAAUGUCUUGCCAUCCAGUUGUGUAUCUAUUUUUCCAAAAUUAAACUGCACACAAACAUGUGUUGUCAUUCAUUCACCACCCAUCCUUUGGAUGAAUUUCCAAGUACUCCCAGGAAGUUCUGUUGCGCUUGUUUUGUGAUGAACCUUCACAGAGCCACGAUGGAAACAAGUCUAAACCACAGCACAUGUGAAUACAACAUCAAGGAAAGCUUUACAACAGUGGGAUGGUUUGCCAGGUAUACACACACACAAGU